CAUUAUAAACACAAAACCUGACGCACGUGACGAAAAUGAGUAAAUUCAACCAUUCCGUAAAAGUUCCAACACAAUACAAGGCGACGGCGAAAAUUCUGAAGACGGCCCUGGAUAAACAGAAGUCCAUAAAGUCCCUGAUUUUCGAGGAGAAGCAUGCACGUGUUCGGAGCUUGCAGGCGGUACUGAAACAUUACAGCGACAACCGCGGCGCCGUGGACAACGCCAUCGAGGAGACAGGACUCCUGAAGGACAACCCCAAUCUGGAUGCCUGUUUGGCCAAGGUUCUAGUCACCGAACUGAUUUUUGGGCGAAAGCAGCUCAACGGAGAGAGCAGGCCGGUGCAGACAGUGCGGAGUUAUCAGGAGAAGCUACAGCAGGCUAUCACCGGCUCCGGAAUCCAGAAAAAAGAACCUAAUCCCCGCUAUGUACGCAUCAAUACCAAUCUACUCAGUCUGUCGGAGGCCCUGGAGUACCUGGCUGGAGAGGAGUGGCGGCGCAAGGAGCUGCCAGCGGAUGCCAGUUACGCAGAUUUCCUCAACGCCAUCAGGGCCUUGGAGGAGGAUGAGUUCAUGACGGAUUUGCAUGUGGAAUGCGUGCUGAUUUUUCAUCCCAAGUGGGCCCACUACUGGGCCGGUCAUGACUUUGUGCAUGCCAAGAAGUUUAUACUGCAGAACAAGGCCACCUGCUUGGCCGCUGAGCUCUUGGCUCCUCCAACAGGAUCCACGGUGCUGGACAUGUGCGCAGCGCCUGGAAUGAAGACAUUGCACAUAUGCAACGUGAUGCAGAAUAAAGGUCGCAUCUACGCGGUGGAGCAGUCCAAGGAGCGAUAUAAGGCGCUGUGCGACAUAACCAACGAGGCUGGUUGCGAAAUUGUGACACCUAUUCUGGGCGAUGCUCUGACCAUGACUGCGGAACGCUGUCCGGACGUGGAGUACAUUCUCGUGGAUCCCAGUUGCUCUGGCAAUGGAAUGCAGAGUCGCAUCAGCGUGUGCGACGAGCAGAAGGAUGACAAGCGACUGUAUAAACUGGCUGGGUUACAGAUCAAGAUCCUGUCGCACGCUAUGAGCGCCUUUCCCAACGUGAAGCGGAUCGCCUAUUGCACUUGCUCGCUGUGGAAAGAGGAAAAUGAGCAAGUGGUGCAGCGUUGCCUGCAGCUGAAUCCAUCCUUCAAGCUGUUGAGCUGCAAGAAGGCGCUGCGCAACAAGUGGCAGAAUGUGGGCGACAAGGAAUAUGCCAAGAUUGGCAAGAAUUGCCUCUACUGCUUGCCGGAUAGCGAUUUGACCGAUGGCAUUUUCCUGGCCCUCUUUGAGAAGCGACGAGACGGAGAUGAGGAUUAGAAAAAACACAAUUUAUAAG